AACUUUGUUCAUUGCUGUAUCAGAACAACAUGUUACCCUUGAGGAUUGUUUGCAUUUGGACACUUAUAUGUUACUGUCAAGAAAUACAAUGCACGAUAUGUUCAGAAGCUGCAGCCUCGGAAAAAAUUGAAGUGAUCAGGAUGUGUCGGAGUGGAAGUCUAACAACAGAUCGGGUAGUCAUAGAUACGUAUGACACUGGAGACCCGGAUGUAUAUAGCUGUACCUGUACCGCAACUAGAUAUUUCACAUCUAGCUAUCUUGUUACCUUUGACAUGGUCCAUAGAGUUCAACAAAACCUAAAUUGUAACAGCAUUCUGACUGUAGAAACCCCAGGGAAAGACUCUCGCGAAUUUGAAUGCGUAUGGCCUAACGAAGUAUACUCUGAGAAAAGAGAGUCGUUGAAAAUUACAUUGUCCAGGAAAAAUGACAAAUCUCCAUGGAAAUUUGGCUAUUGUUUUCGAAUUGAAACAGAUAACACCAAAUGGAAUAUAACUUGUCUCCCACCUGUAAAACUGACAACUACCCAGGAGUCAGUUACAGAAGAACCCUCGUCAACUACAGCGGGGAUCAGUAUGGAAAAAGCCUGUUUACCACAAACUGUUGAAAUGUCAACAGAAGCUGUGGUGGUACCUAUUGUCGUCGUUGUGUUGAUAGCAGUAAUCACUACAGUAGCCAACGUCAUACUUUAUCGCAGACGCUUGAAACUCGAAAAGGAAACAAAGAACAUCCACCCUGUCAUACAGUCGUCUACUUCUGUUGUAUACGAUACCAUCGAUACAGAUCGUCUCGAACCUCCGCAUACUUACACAGAAACUUUUGCCGGCAGAACGUACGUCAACAGCUCCGCGGAAGUUACCACAUCACAGACAUGA